AACGAAAGCGUAGGUAGGAGUCGAGGACAAUGGUUUGUAGGAGUUUAUUUUCAAAUCCAGUGCCUCUUUUUGAGGAGCCCACCUAAGUCCCUCGUUAACUUUCCCUUCUCCCCCGUUGCUAGAAGUAGUCUGCAUUGCUCUACCCUUCCGAGAUGCUACAAUGUUGUGGAAGGCAUCACACGGUCUAAUCGCCGUUGCAUCUCGACAACCGGCUUCCCGGAGGACCCUAUCAACUCUCCGGCGGGGCUCUACAUCAUUUUCUAUUGCCAUCGGCUCGUCCGUCUCCAAGCAACGCGUGGUCGAGAAGGCCAGAGAGGCCGCCAGCCCGGCACCAAGGGGCUUAAGCAAGGCCCUCGACGAUGCCAACGGGCCGGACGCGGCGGUCAUCCUUACCUCGCGGAGCCUCGCCCCGUGGCUCGCGGACCAAGACUUCCUGUCCGCCCUCCUCCACGUCCCGGGCCAGCCACCCCCGGAAAUCAACGUGUUGAGCGCUGUGGUGGACGGGAUCCCCUGGCCGGACGCACCGCACAGCCUCCGGGACGGGAUCUCCGUCCUGCACGGGGGUCUCGCGUCGAUGCUGCCCGACCUAUGGGGGAGCGCACAGGUGGAUUGUCCCUCUGUGCAGCCAUCCAUCACCGUUCCCUUCCCGCCGUUGAGGAAUGAUUCCGGGCCGCUCGAGGCAACGAUCCCCCUGGCAAACACCGUCUUCAACAACGGCCGGCCGUUCACCAUGUUCGCCAGCCGAUGGCAGAGCCAGCCCGGCUCACCCCUCAAGCUCACCCAAAAGGUCGAGAAGAGAAGACAGCUCAUCGUCCCCGACCUCACGGGAACCAACACCACCAGCAACAGGAGCAGCAGAAGCGACAUCUCUGCCCCGCUCCUCCCCAUCACCCGCCCGCGGCGGAUCGUGGCCGGGCUCGGCAACAUCAUCCGCCAGGUCGAGAUCGACGGGAAGCCGGCGCCGGCCUCGGGGGAGCUGGAGGCCGUCAUCCCGGCUCUCCUCGACGCCCGCUCCGAGUCGGCGCCGACGACGACGUCGACGGUCGGUCCCGUCGGCGUGUGGGCCCUGGUCGUCCCCGAGGGCGUGGCUGCCGCCACUGGCGGGGAGAUGCCGCGGCUGCUUCGGGGAUCGGCAGCGUCCGACUACGGUGGCGGGGGUGGGCUCUCUGAAUGGGGGGCGGCGGUGGAGAGUUCGGUGGUCAUGGCGAGGUUGCUGGCGUCCGGGGCCCGUCUCCAGAGAAUCCUGAGCGGUGGAGGGGGUUGGGGACUAAAGCAGGGUCUGCUUUCCCUGGAUCCGCAGGUCCGAUAUUCGGUGCCCGAUGAGGAAGACGUGGAGCGCUUCAUCAGGUCCUUCAAGGGGGAGACUUCCCCCGACGAUGUAAUCACCCCCGGCUCUUACAUACAGUUCUUCGUGGAGCCCAUACAUCCAUCGCAAAAAGUCUCGGCCAUCAACCGACCCGAACAGGCGGGGCUGGACUUUCCGGAGGUUGUGGUUGGCACAUGUGACACGGCCGAGGAGGGAGAGCACUCGGUCGAAGAUGGAGUCCAGGUUGUUACGGAUUAUUUUGGGGCCCUCUCAUCGCAGGGGAUGUUCAUUGCCUCUCCUACCGAUACCGUUGGAAGUCACGGGAUGGGGCUAUCCACGAAGAUAGACGCACCUAACUGCCGGGUUGAGGUCCACGGAAAGCCACGACACGAGAGAGACGACAGCAGUGCUUGAGAGACGGCUUGGCGUCGCUGGAUUGUAAGGCGAAUGAAUGUGUACUAUAUAGAGUGUAUACUAUUGUCGCUAUUGGAGAUGCCAUGUCUUGCGUCGACGACAUGGCGACUAAGGGGUAUUCGGAGUUACCCGUGGUAAGAGUCCAUGUGGUUGACUCUACUGGCUGUCCCUUCAACCUGCUGUCCGAUCUAGCACAGCUAAUACGAUGCGUCAUGUUCAG